CUUUAUGAGAAUAUACAAGUCGUUGCUUGUUGGCUUCAUCUCUCUUAUCUGCUUGUAAACUGACCAAUACAGACGAUUGGAAACAAUACAGACGAAUAGUAAAGCAGAAGAAGAAAAAUAAGAAGUAGGAGAGUGAUGGCAAGUGAUGGUUGUUGAUUGUUUGGUGUUGUGCUCCAAAAAAAAACGGCAUUAAUCUUGUCUCACUCAGCCAAUAACCUUUCAAAGUGACGCAUUAAAUGAACUUUUAAUCAAUAAUUCAAUUAAAUAUAUAAUUCUAUUAUAAAUAUUUAUUGAUGGACGAUAAAAUUUGUCCAGCGCAAUAUAAAACAAAAAAUGUGUCAGCAACGCAGACAAAGUUUGAGUGAUCAUCUGAGAAACUCUUGGACAGUUUAUCGUUUGUUAUUGAAAGCACAUCAAACAUCUAGCUCCUAUCUAACAUAAAUAUUAUAUUUAUAAACUGUAUAUAAACUUUAAAGUAAUUCAAAUUAGUGCGUUUGAAUAAAGUAAAUAUUAGUACAUUGUGUAUGAAUGUAAAUUAAUUUCUACUUAUUGAUUAUAUGAUCAAAUUAUUCUUGGUAUCUUAAGAAGUCAUGACAAUGUUUGCAAUUCUAUCGGAGCAAUAGGAAAGAAAUAUAUUAUAAUAGUAUCAAUUAUUAAGGAAAUAUUUAUAAAAAUUAAAUUUUUUCAAUUAAAAAUAUAUCAUUUGUUCGUUAUGUGCAGUGUUUUUAAUUUAUAAAACUAUUAGUAAUUAACAAAUACAUGUUUUUAUUUCUUAUUAGAAAUAAGUAUUAAAUAAUUCUCAGUAAUCAUUGAUUCCGACAAAAUUCAAAGAAAAAUUCACUUGAUGAAGAUUGUAGAAGAUACGCGCAGGAUGGUGAUUCGAUCCGAUGGAGACGGUACUGAAAGUCCAUUAGUAGAAGAAACUGACACAGCUGACUCUCCCCAUAGCCCAAACAGUAAACAUAACCACAGCCGUCCCUAUAUCAACCCUCAUGGAAGCCAUAGUCAUCAUCACGAUAAAUCUAAAGCCCCUACGAAAUACGGAGAAUUAGUCAUUUUAGGAUAUAAUGGAUUUUUACCACCCGGCGAUCGUGGAAGACGUCGCAGCAAAUUUGUAUUGUAUAAAAGGCCGGUUGCAAACGGAGUAAAACGGAGUAAACAUUAUGUAGUGAAGACACCACAUAAUUCGCAAGCUGUUUUGAAUGUUAAACAGCAUUCAAUCUCGUACACACUCUCCAGAACGCAAGCAGUCAUUGUAGAAUAUACUGAAGAUGAUACCACCGACAUGUUCCAAAUUGGACGAUCAUCUGAACCACCGAUAGACUUUGUAGUAAUGGACACAUACCCAGCGACAGAAAGUGGUCCUGGAAACGAAACUCGAAUGGCUCAAAGUACGAUAAGUAGAUUUGCUUGUCGAAUUUUAACAGACCGUGCUAAUCCUGCCAUUACAAGGAUCUACGCCGCGGGAUUUGACAGUUCGAGAAAUAUAUUCUUGGGGGAGAAAGCGACCAAGUGGCAAGAAAAUCGUGAGAUCGAUGGCCUGACGACUAAUGGGAUUUUGAUCAUGCAUCCACGAGGUCAAUUUUGCGGUGGUGAAGCUCAAUGUGGUUCAUGGAGGGAAAUAAGCGUAGGUGGUGGUGUAUUUUCUCUCCGUGAAAGCAGAAGCGCUCAGCAAAAAGGCAACGUCGUCGAAGAUGAAGACAAUAUCCUCAAGGACGGCACUUUAAUUGAUCUGUGCGGGGCAACGUUGCUAUGGAGAUCUGCCGAAGGAUUAGCAAAAUCACCGACAAAACAUGACUUAGAAGAAUUAGUAGACGCCAUAAAUGCUGGAAGACCUCAGUGUCCCGUUGGUUUGAAUACUCUCGUAAUACCAAGAAAAGCCGUAACAGAUUCAGCCCAACAACAACCUUACGUUUAUCUCAAGUGCGGUCAUGUUCAAGGCUACCAUGACUGGGGUCAAGAAAAGGAUAAAGCUACAAGACGUUGUCCUAUGUGCUUAGUCGUAGGACCUAUUGUGAAACUGUGUAUGGGUAUUGAACCUGCUUUUUACGUGGAUAGAGGUCCUCCGACUUAUGCAUUCAAUCCUUGUGGUCACAUGGCAACCGAGAAAACAGUAAAAUAUUGGGAAAAAGUCGCUAUCCCGCACGGUACAAACGGAUACAUUGCGAUAUGCCCAUUCUGUGCAGUUGCAUUGGAAGGAUCUCCCGGAUACGUGAAAUUAAUAUUUCAAGACAACGUUGACUAAAGAACAUUUUCUCAAUAGGACUGCAGACUAUAUACAUACAUAUAUAUAUAUAUAUAUUUAUAUAUAAAUAUAUAUACAUAAAUUUAGUGUAAACCAAUUCCUUUCAUUGUAAUUUUUUUAUACACUCCAUCUACUCCAAAUAAAAUAAUA